AUGAAGAUCACAGCGUUGUUGGUGCUUAAAUGCACAGGUGAGGGUUCCGAUCCCAUCAUUCUCGCGAACGCUUGCGAUGUUAGCCACUUCGGUUACUUCCAACGCCCCAGCGUCAGGGAGUUCAUUGUCUUCGUCGGUCGUACCGUCGCCAAACGCACCCCUCAAGGCCAACGCCAAUCCGUACAACACGAAGAGUACAACGUUCACAGCUACAACGUAAAUGGUCUUUGCGCGUUGGGAUUUAUGGAUGAUCAUUACCCGAUUCGAAGUGCCUUUUCUCUUCUCAACCAGGUGGUAGAUGAAUAUCAAAAAUCUUUUGGUGAGUCAUGGAGAUCCGUAAAGGAAGACAAUAGUCAACCAUGGCCCUAUUUGGAUGAAGCUCUGACAAAAUUCCAGAAUCCUGCAGAGGCUGACAAGUUGUUGAAAAUCCAGAGAGAGUUAGAUGAAACAAAAAUCAUCCUUCACAAGACUAUUGAUAGUGUGCUGGCUAGAGGGGAGAAGCUGGACAGUUUAGUUGAGAAGAGUUCUGAUCUGAGUGCUGCGUCGCAGAUGUUCUACAAACAAGCCAAGAAAACUAAUCAGUGUUGUACUAUAUUGUGCUCUGCGUUGGAACACGGGAUUUCCUAUGCAAAUGUCACCGUCCUCAACGUGUUCCCUCACGAUCCACAAGCCUUCACUCAGGGUCUUCUUUAUUAUGGAAAUGGCACCUUAUUUGAGUCAACUGGUCUUUAUGGGCAGUCAUCUGUUCGUAGAGUUGCUCUUCUUACUGGGAAGGUUGAAAAUAUUCAUAAGAUGGACAGUACAUUAUUUGGGGAAGGUUUAACUCUCCUCAACAAUAGGUUGUAUCAGAUAACUUGGUUGCAGACAGAUGGUUUCAUAUAUGAUCCUGAAAAUUUAAACCAAACUGGAACAUUUAACCAUGACAUGAAUGAUGGUUGGGGUUUGGCAACUGAUGGAAAAGUCUUUUUUGGAACUGAUGGCAGUUCAACAUUGUACCAAAUUGAUCCUCAAACAUUUAAAGCUGUUUCAAAACAUGUUGUCUACUAUAAGGGUCAUCAAGUAUACAAUCUCAAUGAACUGGAAUACAUAAAUGGUGAAGUUUGGGCAAAUGUUUUACCGACUGACUGCAUUGUAAGAAUCUCUCCUAAUGAUGGAAGUAUUGUUGGAUGGAUUCUCCUUCAACAUUUAAGGAAAGAACUUGUAGAAGCUGGGGAGAUCAAAGAGAAUGAUAUUUUGAAUGGGAUAGCAUGGGAUGAAGAGCAGAAGCGUAUUUUUGUGACUGGAAAACUGUGGCCAAAGCUAUAUGAAAUAAAGGUUUCAGCUAUAAAGACUCCAAUUGAAGAAGAGACCAUUCAGCAACUAUGUUUGCCUGAGCCAUAUUAUCCACCAGCCAGAGCUGAUGCUCAGUAA